CAUACGUAAGAAUGGAGGCAGGGACUGGAGCCCGCCCUGUGCAGAUGCUGUCCAAGAGCAGGGACUGGUCGGAGCUGCCCGUGGACGUCCUCCCGUUGGUCUUCGCAAACCUUGGUGCCGUCGAUAUCCUUAUGGGCUCAGGCCUCGUGUGCCACUCGUGGCUCGAAGCAGCCAAGGUGCCUCAUCUGUGGCGAUCCGUGGACAUGGCGAACCACAAGGCGCUGGAGAAGAUGGAUGACGAUGUCCUGUGUGAAAUGGCGAAGGUGGCCGUGGACCGCUCCAAGGGCCAGCUGGAGGUGUUCUUGGGGAAGCUUUUUGUCACUGACGAGAUUCUCAAGUAUAUAGGGGACAGGUCAUCAUCUAUGAAGAGCCUUAGCCUCAUGUCAUGCCACGAUAUCACCAACAGAGGAUUCACCGACCUGAUCAUGAAGUCCCCUCUACUAGAGGACCUCUCGCUCGGGCUCUGCCCAAGAGUGGGCGGUCGCAAAGUCUUCGAGGCCACAGUAAAAGCAUGCCCUCAUCUGAAGCGUUUCAGCCUGCACAGGGAGCUCUUCAGGUUCUCUUUCAUGUACCCUGAACGCUACGCGGAAGCCAGCGGGUUCGCGGCGAUGCGCGAACUCCGGAGCCUCAGCCUCACCGGCAGCAGCGUCAGCACCAGGGAGCUGGAGGCCAUCGUCGACGGCUGCCCGCACCUAGAGACUCUCUUCCUUCGCGACUGCUACGAUGUCGUUUCCGACGGCGCCCUCCAGGCCAAGUGUGCCAGGAUCAAGACGGUCACGAUUGAGAAGUACAAGUGGGUCCUCGAGCGCAAGCGGAAGAGGGGCCGCUCGCAAAUGGUUCUACGGCAGUAUGAGUGA